GGUCCGCGGCGUUCGCCGGGCUCUGCUUCAUGUCCAUGGUUACCGGCGAGUGAGGCCUGCGCCGCGGCCCGGCCCUGCCAUGUCCCGCCGCGCGCUCGGUCGCCUCUGUCUGCUGCUGCUCUGCCUGCUCGGGGAGGCCACUGCUGGGAGGGAUUUCUAUAAGAUUCUGGGGGUGUCCCGUGGUGCAUCAAUAAAAGAUAUUAAAAAAGCUUAUCGGAAACUAGCCCUGCAGCUUCAUCCAGAUCGCAACCCCGACGAUCCACGUGCACAAGAGAAGUUCCAGGACCUGGGUGCAGCCUAUGAGGUACUGUCAGAUGAGGAAAAGAGAAAGCAGUAUGACACAUAUGGUGAGGAAGGAUUAAAAGAUGGGCACCAGAGCUCCCAUGGAGAUAUCUUCUCACACUUUUUUGGGGACUUCGGUUUCAUGUUCGGAGGAAAUCCUCGUCAACAAGACCGGAACAUUCCACGAGGAAGUGACAUCGUUGUGGACCUGGAAGUUACACUGGAAGAAGUAUAUUCAGGAAACUUUGUGGAAGUUGUUAGAAACAAGCCAGUAGCAAGACAAGCACCUGGCAAGCGGAAAUGCAAUUGUCGACAGGAGAUGAGGACCACCCAGCUUGGCCCUGGGCGUUUCCAGAUGACUCAAGAAGUUGUCUGUGAUGAGUGUCCCAAUGUCAAGCUUGUGAACGAAGAACGAACAUUGGAGGUGGAGAUAGAGCCAGGUGUGAGGGAUGGCAUGGAGUAUCCCUUCAUUGGAGAAGGUGAACCUCAUGUAGACGGGGAGCCAGGUGACUUGCGUUUCCGCAUAAAAGUUCUCAAACACCCAGUCUUCGAAAGAAGAGGAGAUGACUUGUAUACAAAUGUGACUAUCUCGCUGGUCGAGGCAUUGGUAGGCUUUGAAAUGGGUAUCGCACAUUUAGAUGGGCACAAGGUUCAUGUUGCUCGGGAUAAAAUUACAAAACCUGGGGCCAAGCUGUGGAAGAAAGGAGAAGGUCUUCCAAAUUUUGAUAACAACAACAUCAAAGGCUCACUAAUAAUAACCUUUGAUGUAGAAUUCCCCAAAGAGCAGCUAACAGAUGAACAACGGGAAGGUCUCCAACAGUUAUUGAAACAAGGAUCGGUGCAGAAGGUGUACAAUGGACUGCAGGGAUAUUAACAUGGGGACAAACUGGACUUGAUUGAAAAUGAAAAAUGAAACCAGUGAUAUUUAUCUGCAGUCUUUCUUGCUGCCUAUUGUGGAAAGAAGAGGAGUGGGGAGGGUAGAGUAAACAAGUCGUAUUUUUUUGUAAAUGGUGAAAGUGCUCAGAUGGUUUAUGGCAAACAUGGCCCUUUGCAGGAUAUAACUGGUGCUGCCUAUAGAGUUCCUUCCAUGUACUGGAGCAGAGAGGAGGCUCCCUGUGCAGAAAAAUGUUGGGGAGGGGGGUUUAAAUUUAGUGCAUAUUGGAAGUUCUGGUUUUUAAAUAUAUUUUGAUGUUACUUUUUUGACCCUC